GGUGGCCGAGAAGCUGUGCAGAGCUGUCAGCCUGCCUAGAAGGGCUGCGCGGGCCAUCGGCUGUGUGCCGCGCCCCAGAGGACAUUGGUAGGGCGCCUGCUGUGUGCGCUGGACGGUGUGGGGACCCAGCGACCAGAAGGGCCGGCGAAAUCCAAGGCUGAUGCCCAGCGAUGGCACCCCCAUCGGAAGGCGGCACUGAUGCCCUGCUCCCAGAUCUCCCCAAGGGGCCCCUGCAGGCCUACCGCGCCCGCGCCUCCUUCUGCUGGCAGGAGCUGGUGCUGUUCCUGGAAGGCGAGGACAUGCUGCGCCUGAAGAAGGCCAUCUUCUCAGCUUUGGAGAAUGACCCGCUCUUCGCUCAUUCGCAUGGGGAAGAUCUCUCCCUGGAGAAGUACCGGGAGCUGAGCUUCCUUCGCUGCAAGCGGGUCAUGGAGUACAGCCUCCUCCCCGUGGAAGAGAUGGUGGCCAGGCCUCUGUCGGUCCAGACGCUCAUCGCCUGUCUGGGCAUGUAUGACUGGUCCCUGGCUGUCAAGUUCUUGCUGCACAUGCUGACUUUUGGAUCAGCGAUUUACAGCUCUGGUUCUGAAAGACAUUUAAAAUACCUUCCAAAGAUCUUCAACAUGGAUAUUUUUGGAUGCUUUGCGGUGACUGAACUCAGUCACGGGAGUAAUGCCAAGGCCAUCCGAACAACUGCUCACUAUGACCCCACCACCGAGGAAUUCAUCAUACACUCUCCUGACUUCGAAGCUGCCAAAUUCUGGGUUGGCAACAUGGGCAAGACAGCCACCCAUGCCGUGGUGUUCGCUCAGCUGUACACGCCGGGGGGGCAGUGCCACGGCCCGCACUCCUUCGUGGUGCAGAUUCGGAACCCCAAGACCCUUCUUCCCAUGCCAGGGGUGAUGGUUGGUGACAUCGGGAAGAAGUUGGGGCUGAACGGUGUAGACAACGGAUUUGCCAUGUUCCACAAGGUUCGAAUUCCUCGCCAAGACCUACUGAACCGGAUUGGAGACGUCACCCCUGAGGGUACCUACGUCACCCCCUUUAAGGACGACCGGCAGCGCUUCGGAGCGUCCCUGGGCACCUUGUCCUUGGGCCGGGUCGCCAUUGUGGGCAUGGCCAUCGUGAACUUAAAGCUGGCCGUCUCCAUCGCGCUUCGUUUCUCAGCCACUCGGUGUCAGUUCGGGCCCUCGGACGGGGAGGAGGUACGAGUGCUGGAGUAUCAGACGCAGCAGUGGCGCUUGCUUCCCUAUCUGGCCGCCGCCUAUGCCUUAGACCACUUCUCUAAAUCGCUCUUCCUGGACUUGGCGGAGCUGCAGCAAGGCCUCAUGGGGACAGACCAAGGCGCCAGGCAGGCAGAGCUCGGACGUGAGAUCCACGCCUUGGCAUCGGCGGGCAAGCCCCUGGCCUCAUGGACCGCCCAGCGGGGAAUUCAGGAAUGCCGGGAGGCGUGCGGAGGACAUGGCUAUCUGGCCGUGAACCGCCUGGGUGACCUCAGGAACGACAACGACCCCAACUGCACGUAUGAGGGGGACAACAACAUCCUGCUGCAGCAGACCAGCAGCUAUCUGCUCAGCCUGCUGGCACACCACGUCCAAGGUGGCGCUCACUUCCAGAGCCCUCUGAGGACUGUGGACUUCCUGCAAGCCUAUCCCGAUAUCCUUGGCCAGAGGUUCACAUGCCCCAGCGUCGACAGCUGCCUGGACUCCUCAGUUCCCCUGGCGGCUUACGAGUGGUUGGUUUGUUACCUGCUCCGCAAGAGUUAUCAGAAAUUAAAUCAAGAGAAAAGAUCAGGAAGGAAUGACUUUGAAGCAAGAAACAACAGUCAGGUAUACCACUGCCAUCCCUUGGCCCUGGCGUUCCUGGAGCUCACGGUGGUGCGGAGGUUCCACGAGUACACGCACCAGCCCCACGUGCCGCCCCCGCUGCGGGCCGUGCUGGGGCGGCUCAGUGCCCUCUAUGCCCUGUGGUCCCUGAGCCAGCACACGGCCCUGCUCUACCAAGGUGGCUACUUUUCUGGUGAGCAAGCAGGUAAAAUGAUCCAGAACGCCAUCCUGGACCUGUGCUCACAGCUGAAAGAUGAUGCGGUUGCCCUGGUGGACGUGAUCGCCCCUCCCGACUUUGUCCUGAACUCCCCGAUUGGCAGAGCCGACGGUGAGGCCUCCCCACCACAGGGCCUUUGUACCGGCUGUCCCUCUGCCUGGAGCACUUCCACAUUGCACCUGAGCAGAACGCUGCCUCUCAGCCCUUCCCUGGCCUCCAGCCCAAGUGUCGCCCCCAGCUCUAUAAAAACCUCUGGACUGCUGUCCUUCUGGAAAGCAGAGUGCUGGAGAGGCCAUCAUGGUGGUCAGAGUUUUCCGUCCAUAAGCCCCGUAUAGGAAGUUUGAAAUCAAAGCUGUAGUCACGCGGCACGUUCAGCUGAAUCUAGGUAAGCUGGUCCAGCUGAUGGAGACGGGGACCUCAGAUCCUGGUUCCAGACGAUAUGGAAACGCUGCCCCUUUCUGAACACACCUGUGUUCAUACCCGCCCGGGGAGGGCUCCCCGCAAAAGGCACAGGGCAGGUGCCUCCGCCAGAUUUGCUGUGUGCAGAGAAAAUCCACAUGAUCACCUCUUCCCGAUGGACUCCUUUUUUGAUAAUUAGGACUUUGCACGUGCUGCGUUCACAUGCCGGAGAGGAGGCCACGUGCUCACAAUCAGGGGCUUUCUGGUCUGAUGAUCUUCCGCAUUCUGAGAUUUCUUCCAAAGCUCUGCUUCACUAGUGCUCAAUGAUGCCAAUCUGAUUCUUUGUUAACUGCUUUGACUUUAUCGUGUAAUUAAAUCCUAUUUUAAGCUUA